AUGGCACCCAGCUUGAUCGCGGGCGAAGCCGGCUUAGCUGGGAAGAUGGAGUUCACCAACAGGACAGUCCAGGAAUUCAUUUUGGUGGGCUUUGAAGUUGGGCAGCUGCAACGACUCCUGCUCCUCACCUUUUUCACUUUCCUUUACAUGCUUGCCAUGGCGGAGAACAUCACCAUCAUCACGUUGGUGCAUCUUGACACCCGCUUGUCCCGGCUUCCCAUGUACAUCCUCCUGAGCAACUUCUCGUGGCUGGAGAUCUGCUAUGUGAGCACCACUGUGCCCCGCAUGCUCUUAGACCUGGCAUUGGCCAAAAAGAUCAUCUCCUUCAGUUCCUGCUUCCUCCAGUUCUACAUAUUUUUCUUUCUUGGCAGUACAGAAUGCUUCUUCCUCUCCUCUAUGGCCUUGGAUCGGUACUUGGCCAUCUGCCACCCACUGCGAUAUCCACAGAUCAUGUCCCCAAAUUUUUGCUACAUCCUAGUAACUGCUUCUGGGCUCCUUAACUUCCUGGCAUUCAUAGUUCCAGUGACACUGAUCUCCAAGAUGUCUUUCUGUGGUCCUAAUAUCAUUGACCAUUUUUUGUGUGACCCUGGGCCAAUUCUGGCUUUGGCUUGUCCUCCACUACCAAAGGCUCCCCUCGUUAGUCUGAUUUUCAUGGAUGUUGUGCUGAUCCUCGGCAACAUCGUGUUUACUGUGCUGUCCUACAGUUCUGUGAUUGUCACUUUGAUGAAAAACUCUAGCAAAGGCAAUCAGUUAAAGUCUUUCUCCACCAUAUCAUUCCACUUGUUGGUGGUCACGCUUUAUUAUGGCCCUCCAGUAGGGCUCGUGAAAACAAAGUUCUACCAGCAUGUCCUGGCCUUGGUGUUUGCCAUCUUUGAGAUCAAUGAGGACCCCACCAUCUUGCCCAACAUUACUCUUGGGUUCCACAUCCAUGACUCCACGUAUGAUUCAAAAUGGAUUUACAGACCCACCCUGGACCUGCUCUUCACCACAGCUGAACUUGUCCCAAACUACAAAUGUGGCUACCAGAAAAAAAUGGCUGGCAUAAUUGGGGGCUAUAGUUCUGAAACCACAUCAGACAUGGCGACUCUCUUAAGUCUUUACAAGAUCCCACAGCUGUCAUUUGGCUCCUUUGAAUCGGAUGUGGAUGUCCCAACCAGUCAGUCAUCUUUUUACCGCAUGUUCCCCAAGGAAGCCCUUCAGUAUGAGGGGAUUGUCCACUUACUUCUGCAUUUCCGGUGGAGAUGGGUUGGGCUCAUCACUCUGGAUGACGAAAGGGGAGAUCGUUUCUUGCAGACUUUGGAGCCGAUGCUUUCCAGGAAUGGAAUCUGUGCAGCUUUCACAGAAAAGGCUACAGGAAAGCUCCCCUGGGAUGACAUACUUUUUCUGAACAAAUAUCUAUACAGUAGUAAUGCAAAGUUCUUGGACAGCGAAGCCAAUGCAAUUGUCGUCUAUGGAGGAAGUGGAGCAUUUCUUUGGCUGACGACCAUUAUCUUCAUGCCCACGAUGGUGAUGAAUCUCACAGGGGCUGACUACGGAGAGAGGACCUCUACAGGAAAAGUGUGGAUUACAACCGCCCAGAUGGAUUUUGCACUCACCACUUUUCUAAAAGCGUUUGAUAUAGAGAUAUUCCAUGGUACUCUUUCCUUCUCAAUUCAUUCCAAGCCCAUCCGAGGCUUCCAUAGAUUUCUUCAACUUCUAAAACCUUCCCAGGCAAAGGGGGAUGGCUUUAUCAAGGACUUCUGGGAGCAAGUGUUCGACUGUGCAUUCCCAGGUUCUGUUAACCCAGAACACUCUGGUAAGACAUGCACCGAAGAGGAGAAGCUGGAGACUGUCCCAGCACCUUUUUUUGAAAUGAGGAUGACCAGCCAUAGCUACGGUAUAUAUAAUGCCGUCUAUUUCCUUGCGCAUGCCCUACACAUCUUGGACUCAUCUAGAAUCAACCACAGAGCAAUAGAGACUGGAGGCAGCUUGGCUUCUUUGGAUGUGCCACCUUGGAAGCUCAACACCCUUCUUCAGACAAUUGCUUUCAACAACAGCGCUGGAGAUGAAGUGGCCUUCAAUGAACAUGGAGAAUUGAAAGGUGGAUUCGAUAUUACCAACAUGAUCGCUUUUCCAAAUAAGUCCUAUGUCAGAGUCAAGAUCGGGAGGCUGGAUCCUCAGGUUCCCCGUAGUCAACGAGUGAUAAUUGAUCAGGAUGAGAUUAAGUGGAAUAGGCACCUUCCACAGGUGCCUCCUUCCUCCCUGUGUAAUGAGAACUGCAAACUUGGUUACAGCAAGAGAAAGAAGGAAGGGGAGAAGUUCUGCUGCUACGAUUGUGAUCUGUGUCCAGAAGGGAAAAUGUCAGACAAAGAAGACAUGGAUUAUUGCAUCCCUUGCUCUGAAGGUCAUUAUCCAAACCAGGAACAAAACCACUGCCUUCCCAAGAUCCCAAACUUUCUUUCAUUCCGUGAGCCGAUGAGCAUUGCUUUAGCCUUUUUUGCUCUUCUCCUGUCUCUGAUAACAGCUCUGGUGAUUCUGUCCUUUAUAAAAUACCGGGACACUCCCAUCGUUAAAGCCAACAAUCGGACCCUCACCUACAUUCUGCUAGUCUCCAUUUUCCUUUCUUUCCUCUGCUCCUUGCUCUUCAUCGAGCAGCCUGACAAGGUGACCUGCCUCCUCCGACAAGUGACUUUUGCCAUCAUCUUCUCCGUUGCUGUUUCUUCUGUUCUGGCAAAAACCGUGACUGUCAUUGUGGUGUUUAUGGCAUCCAAGCCAGGAAACCUUUUUCAGAAAUGGGUGGGGAAAGAAUUGGCACAUUUUAUUGUUAUUUCUUGCUCCUUUGUUCAAGUUUCCAUUUGUGCUGUUUGGCUUGGUUCUUUUCCACCCUUCCCAGAUAUCGACAAGCAUUCACUGAGUAGAGAAGUCAUCAUGCAAUGCAAUGAAGGGUCAGUCACCAUGUUUUACUGUGCCUUGGGUUACAUUGGAUUCCUUGCCACCAUCUGCUUCAUUGUAGCUUUCAUAGCAAGAAAGUUGCCUGACAGUUUCAACGAAGCCAAGUUCAUCACCUUCAGCAUGCUGGUCUUUUGCAGUGUUUGGCUGUCCUUUGUCCCCACCUACCUGAGCACGAAAGGAAAAGAUACGGUGGCUGUGGAGAUCUUCUCCAUCUUAGCUUCCAGUGCUGGCUUGCUAGGCUGUAUCUUUUUGCCCAAAUGCUAUGUCAUUCUUCUGAGACCUGAGUUGAACACAAGAGAGCUGCUGAUACGGAAAAAACACUUAAUUCUUUAG